AUGGAUGACCUUGUAGAUUUUUAUAUCAUCCGCAUACAUGACACAACCAACACCCCUGCUUUCAAUAAGUUGGGGCAGCAUGCUGAACAAAAAGCAAACUUUGAGAAGUGGAAGCUUGAUAACAGCCGACAAAUCGAUACUGAAUCUUAUAACAAGUAUGUGCAGCAGUUUCUGCAGUGGGAAAAAGAAGUAUUCGAGAAAAAGGCAAGAGUCGCUGCGCUUGUUCAGUCUGAGGCAGCUAGUGCUAUAGCUGGUCCUGCGAAUGUGGACUCGAUUUUAGGACAACUGCUUGAUGACGUGAUGCCAAUGGAAUUUUUAAUGGCUUUAGUGACCGUGCACAUGAAAGACAACACCUUCUUACCAUAUGUCAUCGAAAAUUUUAGAAAGGCUCAAAGUGGUGAAUUACCGGAUCCCAAACUGAUGGCUACUCCUCAGCAUUACCUUCCUGCACUUGCGCCAUCUACAACGCAGUAUUAUCAACCUAUAAGCACUGUUCAACACACCACAAUGACUCUUCAUCCCGGCGUUCCUACGCCUGUCGUCGCCUGGCCCGCUGCCACCGUUUCAACUACAGUCCCGGUUGGUCACAAGUACAGACCGCCUUCACCCGUCCGUGAAUACAAAAAUCCUCUCGCAAAUAAGCCAUUCCGGGAUUUUAGUCAAUGAGAUUGCCAUAGAGACGAACUAGGAAA